GUAGAUCGUUACCAUCGAUUCCGUCGUCGAUCGCUCCUCGUGCGUAUUUGAACUAUUGAACAGUCGCUCGUCGACUCCACAUCACUUGACGCGCAUCAAGAGCUGCAAAUAUCUCAUCGAAUAUAAGUGCGCGCGUGUGGUUCGUGUGUGUGUACAUGUGCCAUCAUCACCGCCGUCCGCAGCAGUAACGGAAAAGAAGAGAGCUCGACCCGCAGUAGCUGGAACCACCGAAAAAUGGACGCGACGCCACAGCGAGUUAUUUCCGGUUUGCUUUUGUUCUCUCUCGCCACAUUACACCUCGGUUACGCCAGGAACGGACCUAAUUAUUAUGGUAAAUUAAUCGGAACCCUACAAGAGUACGCACAUGGCAUCAAAGGUAAAGUAUAUGCCGUUGAUGAUGCAACGAUAUUCAUAAAAGGAUUUUGCUACGACGGCACCGGCCCAGAUGCUUACUUCUGGGUUGGCAACACCAGCCAACCCAAUCCCGAAGGUUACAUUAUACCUUAUCCCGAGACUGAUAAGGGCAGCGAUCCACGAGUAUUGGAGGCAUACAACUACACAGACAUUAUCCUGAGGCUACCCGGAGGAAAACGCAUACGAGACAUUAAAUGGCUGAGCGUUUGGUGCAGAAGAUUUACGGUGAGUAAAUUGUAG